AUGGAUCGCUUUUCUGAAGAGAACAAGUAUAGCGACAUCGUCGCCUUCAAGAGGAAGAUGAUCAAACGUAUCCCACCGACCGUCUCGGAUACUUACCGCGCCACACUCAUCAAGACAAUCAAUCUCUUGAUUGACACGCCCGACCCUGUCAACUGCACUCUCUAUUGGAAGGUCAACGCCGAAUAUGUCUCCAACGUUGAGCCUCCCUCCCACUUCGUCAUUGCACUCUGUCUCGCCACAGAUUCGCUCGCCCUCGAGGGUCAAGCCCUUGAAUUCCAGAAGGAGUUCUAUGCCAAGAAUGCCGAUGUGGCUCACCACUUGAAUGACUGGACUAUCCAGGGCCUCAUCAAUCAUCACAACAAGAAAAUCCUCUCGGGAGACCUCGCUGGCAAUUAUGUCCCCAACGUUGACGGCACUCCUUGGAACCCAGAGGCCAUCGUUGUCAGUCACCCCGACCUCAAGCGCUCAGCCUCUGCCGUUGAGGAUAUGGAGGCUGGCCCAUCGUCCAAGAGAGGUCACUUGGCCCAGGAGGCAUCCACGCCGAUCCCCUUCUUCGAGAACAAGGACACUCCCCGUCUCAACUUCCUCGCCAAGGCAGAAGAGGUCCCCAAGGACUUGCGCCCCAUCAUCCCUCUCAUGCCUGAAGCCCCCAGAAGCCCGUCCAUUGACAGACCUCUGUGCCUUCCCCUUCUUCGCGAACGCCAAUCCUCGCCCGACAUCUUCGCCGACAUCAUCCCGGGUAUGAAAGUGGACGAGGAGCACCGCCUCGACAAUGGUUCUCUCUUCAAUAACCCAGCCAGAGGACCCGUGGCGCCUAUGCCGGGUAUGAAAGAGGGCGACGAGCAUCUCGGCAACGGCUCUUUCUCCAACAACCUAGCCAGAUUCCCUCUUGCGGACUAUCACAACCCGUUCAGCUCUGCUCGCGAGCCAUCCACCUUCCUUUCCAACGACGACUACGGCAACGACAACCUUGGCAACGACUAUGGCAUUGCCUCGGCUGGCUAUAACCCUGGCGGCUCUUCUGGCUUCCCUAGAAGCCUGGGGGACCCCCUGAUUGUCAACCACUCGGCUGGCUACAACCCUGGCGGCUCUUUUGGCUUCUCCGACAGCCUGGGGGACUCCCUGCCUGUCGACCCGUCUGGUGGCUCCUCCUACAACGACAACGGCCCCGUCGCCUGGUCUAACGCCGCCCCUGAGGCUCCCAUGACCAUCUACAGUGCUCCCCCCACUGCCAGUCUGCCGAUCGACGCUCCCAUUGCCGGCUCCAUUCCCGCGCCCUCGGUUGUCGUCCAGGACUCCGAUGUCAAUGAGAGCGCUUCUCAGGACUCUGCUCUUCAAGCCUCCGCUGAUGCUUCUAUCCCUACCGCCGACAUCCCCAGCAACGAGGUCGACAAUCCCUGGAUCGCAGCCGAGCAAGCCUCCGCCACGAGAACCGCCCGCCUCGUCACCCGCAUCGCCCAAAAGCACACCGAGGCUGAAGACAAGAUCAAACAUGCCAACGCCCUCCGCAACGAACACGCCGCCAUGGUCAAGCCUCUGCCCCUCAUCACCAACGGGCCCCGCGGCGCCUACGUCACCGCCGCCGACGGCGACGCUCUUUGCAACUUCGUCAUGAAGGCCCACGACUACGAGGCCCGCGCGCAGAAGCACAACGGCGAGGCGAUGCAGGCCAUGUUCGAGGCUUCCCGUCUCGAGAAGGAGCGCUACGACGAGUGUGUCGAUGCUGGGAACAAGCGCGUUGAGCGUAUCCAGUCGCUUGUCUCCAAGAUUGCUGGGGUUGCUAGGGACGCGCAGGGCGUUAUGCUUGGUGCCCGCCCUGGCCAGGGACCUGAGAUUCCCGGUGCGGUCAAGGAUAUUGGAGAUGUUAUGGAUAGAGUGGCGCAGCUUCAGCAGGCUGCGGACUUUCAGGUCCAGCAGGUCCAGAUGCUGAAGGGGGAGUUUCAGCAGUAUCGGGAGUAUCGGGAGUUUAUGCGGCAGUUGGAGUAG